AUGCGUUCACAAGACCAGCCCAGUGAGCGCUCGCCUCCCAGCCGGAAACAUGACCGCUCCAGUGGACCCGACGCAAACUCGACCCAGUACAACGGCUCCUUCCCCGUCCGCAAGUCAUCCCGGAAGCACGACACCCAGGCCAUCGCUCAGCCCCCGAGGACCGGACUCGAGAGUCCCAGUCAACCCGACCAUUUUAUCACGAGCUGGUCAUCGGCCACCAACCUCCACCAGCGUGUUGACCUCAACUCUAGCACCCAUACCCGUCAACGCAGUGGGGACAGCAGCUCGGCCGCAAACAGCAGCGGGAGCGCAGGCGCAUCCGCUUUCUCCCGCAGGAUGAGCCUGGUAGAGGCACAAGCACAUAAGACGGUCUCCAAUGAACAAAAGGCUCCACCAAAGGAUGAGCAAAAGUUCAAGCUGAAGAAAAUAUUCAGCGGCUGGAUCCACAAGAAAGACAAAAAGGACGACUGGAUGCACAAGAUGGAAAAAGAAGGCAUUAAAGAAGGCAUUCUCGUCCAAGAAGACAAUGCCUUUGCACCGCCUGUAGUGCGUUAUUAA